AUGGAGAAAACAACUGUUGUUGACAACAUCGCCUCUAUUAUUUCCCAUGUUUCUCUAAUGAUAAACCGAGAUCUGGAAUCAAAGUCCAUGCCUGAGUUGCAUAAAAGCACUCACAUCAGAUCCAUUGAAGAAAACCAUGAGAUUCACGUAGGGCGCCGGCCCACGAACUUUUCUUGUGGCCCAACUCAGCAAAACUGGGCCCACCCAUCCCCCCACCCCCACCUACGUGCAUCGUCCUCCUCGUCCACGGUGAGCCGGGGCCUCGCGCGCCGCCGCCGCCGACCGAAGCCGCAGCCGCGUGAACGGCCCGCCGCCUCGUUCGACGCGCCCGCGCCUCCCUCGGAGCAUCUGCCGCCGCCGCCGCUGCGGGCGUGCGCACCGUCCCGGAGUAUCUUCUGUGCCGAAGAAAUGUCUUCCUUUGAAAAUCAGGCCACUGAAGCUACCAAGGUUACUGAUGACAUGAAGAUGGACCCUCCCAGGAUCAAAAUACGUAUACGUCUACCACCAAGAAAGAGGUUGACUAAUAGCCUGCUCACAGAUAAAAAAGAAGCACCUGAUGAUACAAGCAAUGCCCCAAGUAAUAGAGUGCCUGCACAAACUAAGAUCAAGAUACCACGCAAGAAGCUGACACUUACUGCAGUUCAGCACGACGCGAGCAGCAUCUCCACAAGAGGACUAUGCAAUGAGGGUAAUAACAAUACCUCAAGCCAGAUGCCUACCAGUGAACCUAAUUGUGAUAUUUCUAGUGACAACCUACCUGACGCAGCCAAUGACAGCAUCCCAAGUGAGAACCUGACAACCACUGCAGCUCAGCAUCAGGCAAGCAGCAUCUCCACAAGAGGACUGUGCAAUGAGGCGAAUAACAAUACCUGGAGCAAGGCACUUUAUGGUGAACCUAAUUGUUGCAUUUCUAGGGACAAGCUACCUGAAGAAGCCAAUGACAGCAUCUUAUGCAAGAACCUGACAACCACUGCAGCUCGGCAUCACACGAUCCUCAUCUCCACAAGAGAACUGUGCAAUGAGCCUAAUAUCAAUACCUUGAGCAAGAUACUUCCCAGUCAACCUCAUUAUGACAUUCCUAGCGAAAAGCUACUUGAAGACAAUGACAGCAUCCGAAGCAAGAACCUGUCAAUCAAUGCAGCUCAGGCUUACACAAGCAGCAUCUCCACACAAGGACUGUGUAAUGAGGCCAAUAACAAUACCUUAAGCAAAACACUUCCCAGUGAACCUACUUGUAGUGAAAAACUACCUGAAGAAGCCAAUGACAGCAUCCCAAGCAAGAACCUGGCAAUUACUGCUGGAGUGUGGGGAAACUAUGUUGGCAAUUACUUUGUGAAAGAGGGUCUGUGUGAAGAGGCUAAUGACAAUAUCCUAAGCAAGACGACACAUCCUGCACCAAAUAAGGAAUUACCUUCAAAGCCGGUAGAGAGCAUGCCAAGCAAGAACCUGACAGCUAUGGGAGUGCUGAGUGAGGAGAUAAAUAGCCACUCCCUGAGGCUAUUUCAAGAAACUAACAUCCCAAGUAAGGUAGUACUACCUGAAAAGUCUAAGAACCAUAGCAGGAAUCUGACAACCACUGCUGUGAAGUGUGAGGAGGCUAACAAUAACAUUCUUACCACAAAGCUGUCUGAUAAGACUAAGAACAAUACUCAAAGCAAUAGACCAACUGAUCCACAUAGGAAGAACAACCCACAGAAGAUGCUGUGUACCUCUGCAGUACAUGCUGCUCAUGCCAGUCAGAAUACCUCUGAAAUGAAGAUGGCUAACUCUGAAAUGAAACAUUCUACCUCUUUUUUCCAGUCUGCAGAACAAGGCAUCAAUGCAGCAAACUUCGAGGCCAUAAAACAGUACCAAGAGUUCGAGGAUAAGGUCAAAAGAACUGUAUAUCUUGAUUACUUUUCUCACCAGGCUACCGAGACUGUCAUCAAAACAGCUCUGAGUCAAUUUGGAACUGUGAGAGAGAUCAAUUUUUUGGUGAACUACACCAUUCCCUUUAGUAUUCCACAGUCUGCAUUAGUCAUAAUGGAGACUGAGAAGGAUGCUGUGGCUGUGGUCAAUAUGCUCAAUGAGUUCCCUUUUAUGAUGUCUGGAAUGCCAAGGCCUGUGAGGGCAGUACGUGCUACCUCUGAGAUGUUCAAUGAUCGCCCCAGGAAACCUGGGACUAAGUUAGAGUUUCGCUGGGUGGGCUCGACGGAUGCUGAUUAUCAUAUUGUCAAGAAGUUGAAGUUAAUGUCCAGGAGACAUGAGCUGGAGAACUUGGCAUUAGUCAAGCAUGAACUGGAAGAAGAACAUUUCCUUGCAAAACAUCAGGAGGAGAUUUUGAAUUGCAAUCAGAGGAAGCUUGAAACUGUGGACUCCAUAAUGUUGUCUGGCAAGUUUAAUCGCUUGUCACACAUUUAUAGCGUCAGUGUGGAUGAAGUGUUUUGCAACAAGUGGCUUGUGUAAAUGAUCCUCGUUCUCCAGACAGCACUGGUAGCUUAUUGGAAAGGUUUAAUGUUUGUGAAUCAAGAAUUUAACAGAAUUUGAUACGACUUCUGGAGUUUGGACUCCGAAAUAGGAGAGUAAAGCUGCCUUCUUUACUCAUUUUUGGCACUGAACAAUUAACCAACUCUCUAUCGGUGGAAAUUUCUACCUGGUGAAUGCAUUAGUAUUUGUCCUUGAGAAAGUUGAUGCAUUAGUAUUUGGUGACUAUUCUGUUUUCCAUUUACCCACAAAACUUGAAAUAGA